UCCAGAAAGCAUUUGAGGAAGCACCAGUACAGGGAUAAGAGAUGAAGAGACAGGCCAGGUCAGGCUCACCAAGCAGCUGGGGAAGCAAGCUGGAUGGACCUGGCCCCAUGCUGCCGGAUGAGGUGGAUGCCUGGCUGUGGCUCUGGGAGAGCCAACCUGCCCCAGGGAACCGACUUUACACAAUAGCGGUGGCAGCAGAGGCUGGCGAGGAGACAAGAUUCAGACUCCAACUGGGGAGCAGGGAGCACUGAUAGCAUUUCCCGAGCCUCAGGUACAUGCGGACCGUGACCCUCCCUGGGACCCCAGGGGGGCUGCUCCUCAGGACUAAGGAAGGAGGACGGGGUAUGAGAAGCCUUUCACCAUAUACCAUAGAAAGCAUUUACCUCAAUAGCCUUGGUUUACAUAUGCGGAAACUGAGGCACAUAAAGGGAAGGGAGCACGUCCAGUCGGUCCUUAAUAGCAAGACCCACUGAAUACACCUCUCCUGGCUCUCUGUUUAGUGUUUGGACGUUCAAAGAUCCCUAGACUAGGCGGCGGGAGUUUCAGGGCCACGAUCCAGAUCUUAUACCAACUGUGUGUGGCCCCGCACAAAAUCACUCCCCGCUCUUUGGCACUUAAGUUGGCGAAACUGGGAUGGGCUGGGACCUCAAAAGGCCAUUCUAGUAGGGGAGUCACAGGCCCAGGUGGCGAAGGGGUGAAAGGGCAUGAUGUCUCGGGGUUUAUAGUCCACUGAGCCUCGCCGGAGGUAAUCCCGGCUCAGGGAAUGCUUUCGUUGCCAUGGCAACCGCCGGGCCGGCGCGGGCCCCUGAGUGCAGCUGAGGCAGCUGGGACAAAACCUGCCCUUCCCAAGAUGGCGGCGGCGGCAGGGCAAAGGGCGGGGUUAGACGCUGUCAGCCUGUCCAGACCGUUCUUCUGUUUUCGCUUGUUCCUACUAACGGCGAGCUUCCGCCAAUACUUGUUCUUGUUCUUGGUUCCGAGCGUCCCGGGAGCCGGGAAGGGAAGGAUUGUCUGCAGGGAUUGGAGCAAAUACCCAGUGGGGGGAAAGGCGGGACUUCCGCGUCCUGCCGGAAGUGACGUGACAAUCGCGGCCACCGCCAGGUGGAACGGCAGUUCCCCAUUCCCCUACCGAGCUGGGCAGUUAGCCAGCCCACUCCAACUCUCGGAACCAUGUUUGCAGACUUGGAUUAUGACAUCGAAGAGGAUAAACUCGGAAUCCCGACUGUGCCUGGGAAGGUGACCCUGCAGAAGGAUGCUCAGAACCUGAUCGGGAUCAGCAUUGGAGGAGGGGCCCAGUACUGUCCCUGCCUCUAUAUCGUCCAGGUAUUUGACAACACUCCAGCAGCCUUGGACGGCACAGUGGCAGCUGGCGAUGAGAUCACCGGUGUCAAUGGCAGGUCAAUCAAAGGGAAAACUAAGGUGGAGGUGGCGAAGAUGAUUCAGGAGGUGAAGGGGGAGGUGACCAUCCACUACAACAAGCUGCAGGCGGACCCCAAGCAGGGCAUGUCCCUGGACAUUGUGUUGAAGAAAGUCAAGCACCGGCUGGUGGAGAACAUGAGUUCAGGGACCGCAGAUGCUCUGGGCCUGAGCCGGGCCAUCCUGUGCAAUGAUGGGCUUGUCAAGAGGCUAGAGGAGCUGGAGCGGACCGCCGAACUGUACAAAGGGAUGACGGAACACACCAAGAACCUCCUACGGGCCUUUUAUGAGCUGUCGCAGACUCACCGGGCCUUUGGGGACGUGUUCUCCGUGAUCGGGGUGCGGGAGCCCCAGCCAGCUGCGAGCGAGGCUUUUGUGAAGUUCGCGGAUGCCCACCGCAGCAUCGAGAAGUUCGGCAUUCGGCUUCUGAAAACCAUCAAGCCGAUGCUGACGGAUCUGAACACUUACCUCAACAAAGCCAUCCCGGACACUCGCCUCACCAUCAAGAAGUACCUGGACGUGAAGUUUGAGUACCUGUCGUACUGCCUGAAGGUGAAGGAGAUGGAUGACGAGGAAUACAGCUGCAUUGCCCUAGGCGAGCCCCUUUACCGGGUGAGCACCGGGAACUAUGAGUACCGCCUGAUCCUGCGCUGCCGCCAGGAGGCGCGCGCCCGCUUCUCCCAGAUGCGCAAGGAUGUGCUGGAGAAGAUGGAGCUGCUGGACCAGAAGCACGUCCAGGACAUCGUGUUCCAGCUGCAGCGCCUCGUGUCCACCAUGUCCAAGUACUACAACGACUGCUACGCAGUGCUGCGGGAUGCCGACGUCUUCCCCAUCGAGGUAGACCUGGCACACACCACACUGGCCUAUGGCCUCAACCAGGAGGAGUUCACAGAUGGGGAGGAGGAGGAGGAGGAGGAAGACACGGCAGCUGGGGAGCCGGCCAGGGAUACACGAGGGGCUGCUGGGCCCUUGGACAAGGGUGGAAGCUGGUGUGACUCCUGAGUGCCCCGCGGGUGUGGUGCCGGGGGCAGGGUUCGUGGGAGGACGGAGCCUGGGAGCGGGGCGAGGCCGCCGCGCAAGGGGGCGGUGCAUAAAGGCCUGCUGGCUUGGGGCGCCUGCCUCCCUGCUCCUCUGUCCUUGCACAGCGAACCUGGGCUGCUGCCCAGGACAGGCACCAGGGUCAUGGCCUGGGACCUGGACACUGGCCCCUCCACCCUCUCUCCCCUCCCGGCUCCCCGGCCAGAGGGAGAGCUUGGUCUCUGGACCUGCCUUAGGAAGGAGACGGAGGGCAGAAAGGAGAAGAAAGGACUUGGAGGUGGCAGGAGUCCGGGCCCUGCUCCUUGUGGGCACUCACACUGCCCCCGGAGCCUGCCGGGAGUGGGGCCGGCGGUGGACAGCUGAGGUUGGGGCCAAUGUCUCCUGGGCACCCUUGCCUCGCCCCAGACCGGCCCGUCCGGUCCCCAUCACACCUCGGCGGCCUUUAUUUAUUCUGUUCCCCCAGGUAGGCCACUUCUCUGAAGGAAGGCUGGGUUCUGGGCCUGUAUCGAAUAAACACAAACCUGGAUGGCGCA